GCGUAGGGCACCGUCUCUCAGGGGGCCCAAAAUAGAAGAGAAUUGGAGAGGAGAGAACCAUUUGAGCUUCCUCCGAUCGAUCAAUGUCGUCGCCGUUGCCUUCGUCGUCUUUGCCUUCAUCGUCGUCGUCGUCUCUGCUCUUCAUCGCAUCGCUGGUCAUCCUCUGGUACUCCUCCAACAUCGGCGUCCUCCUCCUCAACAAGUUCCUGCUCUCCAACUAUGGCUUCCGCUUCCCCAUCUUCCUCACAAUGUGCCAUAUGUCCGCCUCUGCUCUCCUCAGCUACAUAUCCAUCGUCUUCUUCAAGUUCUUCCCGCUCCAGCGCCUCAAAUCCUGGUCCCAGCUCCUGAGAAUCGCGACUCUCAGCAUCGUCUUCUGUGGCUCCGUCGUCGGCGGCAACAUCUCCCUCAGGUACCUCCCCGUUUCCUUCAACCAGGCUGUCGGCGCCACCACGCCGUUCUUCACUGCGGUCUUCGCCUAUCUGAUGACCUUCAAGAGGGAGGCUUGGGUCACCUAUGCUGCUCUCGUUCCCGUUGUUACUGGCGUUGUGAUUGCAAGCGGGGGUGAGCCAAGCUUUCACUUGUAUGGAUUUAUUAUGUGCAUAAGUGCAACAGCUGCCAGGGCCUUCAAGUCUGUUCUUCAGGGUAUCCUUCUGUCUUCUGAAGGGGAGAAGUUGAACUCCAUGAACUUGCUGCUGUAUAUGGCACCAAUUGCUGUCAUAGUUUUAUUACCUGCAACACUUUUAAUGGAGCCAGAUGUGUUAGAUGUCACCCUAUCGCUUGGCAUGAAGGAUAAAUUAAUGUGGCUACUUCUUUCUGUUAAUUCAGUUGCAGCUUAUUUAGCCAAUUUGUCCAAUUUCUUGGUGACUAAGCAUACAAGUGCACUCACACUCCAGGUAUUAGGCAAUGCAAAAGGGGCUGUGGCUGUGGUCAUCUCAAUACUCUUGUUUCGAAAUCCGGUCACGUUUCUUGGUAUUGGUGGCUAUGCCAUUACAGUUAUGGGGGUUGUUGCUUAUGGAGAGGCCAAGAGGAGAUUCAAAUGAUGGCUUUUAACAGACACCAAUCUUUUCCUUUUCACCGGCCCCAGAAAUUUUUCUUCCUACAAGCUGGUGCUGAAGUUCAAUGGUAGAUCAUUCAUCAGGAUUUUUGUCUUAGGAAUUUGUUUGUGCAUCAGAGAGAGAGAGAGAGAGAGAGAGAGAGAGAGAGAGAGAGAUUGGUAUCAUCAUUAUAUCAUUUUUUGGUAAAUCUGUCAAAAUGAGAAUUAUAUACGUGUAAGAAGUAGAUAUCUGUUCUCCAUCUCUCUGCUGAUGCCUCCCUACGCUUGUAGUUUGGAUGUGGCCCACAUGGGUGCUGCCCAUUCAUGUAUCAUGAUUUCUUUUUGGGCAAAUAACACUCUACAGCAUGAGGAUUCAUUUUCAUUAAAUUAUUACAGUGUACUCUUACAUUUUGUAAAUUAUGUUCACUCAAAUAAUUAUUAAGAAAUUCAUAUAAUUAUAAAGUUUUAAA